AUGUCCAAAACAAGAACAAUAAAUGAGAUAUUAGAAGAAUUGAAAAGUAUAGAUGAAGAAUGCUCUGAAAUAGAUGAAGACUCGCAAUCUGAAGGAGAAGAUGAAGAUGUUGAAUUUUCCAACAUUUUCAUUCAUGAAAUUGGUGGAGAAUAUGAAAAUGAAUCUUCAAAUACCGAAGAAGAGGAAAUUUUGAUUGCAAAUAGAGGGCGAAAGAGAAUGAGGUUGAUAUCAGAUUCUGAAGACGAAGGAGAAGAAAUCGCCAUGGAUGGGACAGUAUGGAAAAAGAUUGACACAUGUUCUACUCCUGGCAGACGACCCCUUCAUACUAUUUUCAAAGGUCUAUCAGGUCCAACUGGGCACGCCAAAAGAAAUAUUAUGAAAGGAAGUGUCAGCUCAGCAUUUUAUUUGCUAUUCGACAAUCAUAUGAUGGAACACAUUAUAAAAAGUACGGAAGCGGAAGCAAGAAGAGUUUUGGGAAAAGAAUGGAGCUUAUCUCGAAAUAAAUUAGAGUCAUUUAUAGCCAUUUUAUAUAUUCGUGGUGCCAAUGAGCAAAAAAAUGUUGACGCAACGUUUUUAUGGAAUAAAAAAUGGGGUCAUCCAUGUUAUUCCAAUGUCAUGAGUCGUAAUUGCUUCAAGGAAAUUCUAAGAUUUAUGCGCUUUGAUAAUAAAAAUGAGCGAAGCCAACGGUUAGGAGUGGAUAAAUUUUGCUUUGGCAUCUAA